AUGGUGAAACUGUGUCCGCUGUGUGGCCCGAUAGGGUCCGCAUUUUGUAUGGUCAUGUCCGCUUGGGGUGUCAUAUUUUUGGGUCUCCUCGGAGUAUUCUUCUAUUUGCAGGCUGUUACCCUAUUCCCCGAUCUUCAUUUCCAUAUCGAAAAAGCUGGAGAUUUUCCAGUAGGUAAAAUCGGCGACGCAUAUGGUGAAAAGGCGACUCAAUGUUGGAUUGCGGCGGGAAUGUAUGCUGUCACGUUGGUACUCGUUUUCUGGCAGAACAAAUACAACACACAAAGCGUCUUC